AAACCACGUACGGGAAGUCGGAGGGGAAAAUCAGCUGGAAUCCGCGGAAAUCAUCAACAGGACUAUUUUCCUUUACUUAGCUAGCUAUCCAUCUGUCAACUUCUAUUUCUCCUUUUCUUCCCUUUUGCUGUCAAAACGCCACCCUGGCGAUGUCGGAGUCAUACGAUUUCCUGUUUAAAUUCCUGGUGAUUGGGAAUGCUGGAACAGGCAAAUCCUGUCUGCUGCACCAGUUCAUAGAGAAGAGAUUUAAGGAUGAAUCCAACCACACAAUUGGAGUGGAGUUUGGCUCUAAGAUUAUCAAUGUGGUCAACAAAAUGGUCAAACUGCAGAUUUGGGACACUGCAGGACAAGAAAGGUUCAGGUCUGUGACCAGGAGUUACUACAGAGGAGCAGCAGGAGCCCUUCUGGUCUAUGAUAUCACCAGUCGAGAGACAUACAACGCUCUGACCACAUGGUUGAGCGAUGCCAGGAUGCUGGCCAGUCAGAACAUUGUCAUCAUCCUGUGUGGAAACAAGAAGGACCUGGACGCUGACAGAGAGGUCACGUUCCUGGAGGCUUCGCGCUUCGCUCAGGAGAAUGAGCUGAUGUUCCUGGAGACCAGCGCUCUGACAGGGGAGAACGUUGAAGAGGCCUUUGUCCAGUGCGCUCGGAAAAUCCUCAACAAGAUAGAAUCAGGGGAGCUGGAUCCAGAGAGGAUGGGUUCAGGUAUCCAGUAUGGCGACGCUGCGUUACGACAGCUUCGUUCUCCGCGUCGUGCUCAGCCGCAGGGCACCCAGGAGUGCGGCUGCUAGUGGACGCGCCCCCAGUAACCCACAGGGACAAGUGUGUUUCAGACAGGUUUGUGAAGACCAGAAGAAGAACAGCCACGUGGGGCCCAAACAGUCGUGGGUUCAGGUUGCUAUGCUGGUGACUCCUCUCUGACCUUCGACCUUCGCACGGAAUCUUCAGAACCUUCGGAACCUUUUGACUCUUCGUUGUCAUGGCAGCACCUGCAGAGAGCUGAAAAGACUUCCCAGCCACGCCCCCCUUCUCAGAACUCUGAGCAUCUUCAAGGUAACCAGAGACCGCCCACCCUCCAACAUUCUGCUCCACUAAUGGAUCAAACCCUCGCCAGCCCUCCAAUCAGGAUGUGAAUUAUUGACAUGUAUGUAACUUCUCUCUCUCUCCUAACUUUCUACUUCCCUUUACCUGCUUACCGCCCACUUAUUCCCAUCUACCUUCCACCUACACUACUUAAAGGAAUACUUUCAGUUCUAGCAGUCUUUAUGCUAAGCUAAGCUAAUCGCCUCCUGGCCCCAGCUUGAUACUUAGAGCAUAGACAUGAGGUAUAGAUUUUCUCAUCUAACUCUUGGCAAGAAAACGAUUUUCCCAAAUUGUUGAACUAUUCCUUUUACCACAUACACACUUAAAACGCUCCCCUACUACAAUACUUCUCUUUCUCCAUCCACCUGCUCUGUUAACUUCCUGCUUACCUGUUUCAAACACACCACUUACAGUCCACUGACUAACCACACAUUUUGCACUCCCUGACGCCUCCCUUCUUACACACUUUCUCACCCAGUAAAGUGUCCCCGGCUGCCAAAUUACACCUCAUCAGCUCCUGUCCUCCAUCCCUACCUUUCUUUCAUUGUUUACAUCCCAUCAUUCUCUCUGUUACUUUCCUACAUGUCUGCUUACCUGUCUACCUGCCCGUCUCUUUACGCAGCUCUCUGCCUUUCUAAAUCUCUCCCGCCCCCCUACAGCAUCUUAUACACUGUACAGUGUUUCUGUAUAUAGAGACUGACGCAUGCUUUCUCAAACUGAAUAUCAGAGUAUUUCAUUAUGAAGAGAUAUUAUAUGUAUAUUAAAGUAGAAAUCAUAUCUAGCAUCCACUGUAUGAUUAUCAUGUUGUGCUUCAAUACACUGGCAACUUGUAAGCAGUACAGAUGGACAGUACUGUUUGCAGCAAUUCUGUUUAUUUGUAAAUGGGACAAGCUGAUGUGGAUCACAUUAUGGACUAACACAUUUAUAUAGAAAAGUUUUAUCAUGUUCAAGCUUAUAGAUUAAAAAACAGACAGAGGUAGCCUGAAAUAUCCUGAGCAUAUAUUUGUCUUUCUGUUAUAGUUCAUUUAAAUAAUUUGGAGUGUGAAAGUUACGUCGUCUUUUAUUGUACAACUGCACAUUCAGCAUUCACCAUUCAGUUAAGUGACUGAUCUGAGUGUAACACACGUGUUUAUCCAAAGGAUUCCAGUUAUGGCUAAUGUCACAUCUCUCUCUCAUUUAUAAAUGAUGCCUGUUUACAUGAAUACCUCACUGACUGCUGCCAGCUGCGGGGUAAUACUAACUGAAUGCAUUUCAAGUUUUAGCAAUGGUGUGAAUAUAUCUGAUGUGUGUUUCAUUUUUAUUUGUCUCAAAAAACAUAUUAUGUCUCCUCUUUUAAACUUUGAAACAGUUCAGCCACAUAAAGCUCUCAACAAAAAAAAAACAACACUUAAAUUUGUUUAUAUAAUUAUUUGAAGAUUUAGGUUUAGAGGUGAGUUUUGCAUUGGUGUUUUCAAGCAUUGCACCAUGUUGUUCAUUAUGUUCUUCAUGUAGUUUAUGUUCCCCUUAAAAAUGAUGCAUUCAACUUUUAAAUCAAACACACUGUAGAAAUAUUUCACAUUAGAUUUGAUCUGAUAGUGGCUUUGACUGCUCCAUGUCUUGUGUUUAUGUCAUCAAGUCCUUUGUUUAUAUUUAUGUAUGUUUGUUUUUCUCGUCAUUAUGAAUAUCAUGGAUUUUUAAUUUAUUGUAUAUGAUAAAAGCAUAUGUUUUUAAAAUAAAAACUACUACAAAUAUA